CCCCUCCUCCUUGCCGCGCUGUUGGCGACAUCAUUUGCAGCGGUUUCUCUGCUCCAGGACACGUCCGCGACGCUACGAGAAGACGAGGCACCACGACGUUCAGCUCAUGGACGAUUCCUCUUUUUGUGACUCGCCCGACUUCAAACUGGCUUCCGAGGGGUUUUCGCAGCCUUUUGGCUCGACUAGCUGCAUUGCAGGCUCUCAAGACUUAAAUGAAAUGGAGACUGAUCAGCAAGACAUCAAAUAUAAUAGCCCUGAGACUAAUGGUAGCAGUCUCAGCCCUAGUUCCUGCAAACGUCCUGCUGAGGACCAUGAUGAAGAACAAGCCUUUAAGAGGUCUCGGAAUAAUGACCAGUGUGUGGAACUACGCCUUCUGUUGCAAAGCAAGAAUGCUGGAGCGGUGAUUGGGAAAGGUGGCAAAAAUAUCAAGUCAUUGCGUACAGACUACAAUGCCAGUGUAUCAGUCCCAGACAGCAGUGGCCCCGAGCGCAUAUUGAGUAUCAAUGCAGAUAUCGAAACAAUUGGCGAUAUCCUUUCGAAGAUCAUCCCUACGUUGGAAGAAGUAAGAUGUGUUCAUUUUCAUCACCUACAAGAAUCUUACCAGCACUAUAAAGGAAAGGAUUUUGAUUGUGAAUUAAGGAUGCUGGUUCAUCAGAGCCAGGCAGGAAGUAUAAUUGGUGUCAAGGGAGUGAAGAUUAAAGAGCUCAGAGAGAGCACACAGACGACGAUUAAACUCUUCCAGGAGUGUUGCCCUCAUUCAACUGAUCGAGUUGUUUUGCUCGGAGGAAAGCCUGAUCGAGUGGUUGAGUGCAUCAAGAUUAUCAUGGGGCUGUUAUCCGAGUCUCCUGUCAAAGGCCGGGCACAGCCUUAUGACCCGAAUUUCUACGAUGAAACCUACGAUUAUGGUGGCUUUACAAUGAUGUUUGAUGAGAGAGGUAGGCGUGGAAUGCCCUUUGGACCUCGCGGUAGAGGUGGCCCCCAUCCUCCAUCGCCUGGGUAUGAGCGUAGAGGUCCUAUGGGACCUCCAAGGGGACCGGUUGGUCGCCCUAUUCCCCCACCCAGAAGAGAUGCUUACGAUGACAUGAGUCCUCCACCUCGUAGGGGACCACCACCGCCUUUGUCUCGUUCAAGAAAUGCCAGAGGUGGUCGUAUUCCCCCUCCUCCACCACCACCGCCUAGGGGCAGUGACCGUGACCGUGGUAUGUAUGGCAGGAGCCGACUUGGUGCAGAUCGUUAUGAUGGAAUGGGUAUUUCUGGAUAUGGUGGUCGUGGUGGAUAUGGGGAUUUGGGAGGACCAGUCAUCACUACUCAAGUUACAAUUCCCAAAGAUCUGGCCGGCUCUAUAAUUGGUAAAGGAGGUCAGAGAAUUAAGCAGAUCCGUCAUGAAUCUGGAGCAUCCAUCAAAAUUGAUGAACCACUGGAAGGUUCUGAAGAUCGUAUAAUCACCAUAACGGGCACACAGGACCAGAUCCAGAAUGCACAGUAUCUGCUGCAGAACAGCUGCAGCAGUUUCUUCAUGACAUCAUAAAGCUAACCGUGCGUUCUCAGAAACCGCAGCUCCACGCGAAAAAAGUGUGAAGCAAUAUUCUGGACGAUUCAUCUAAAUCAAAAAAGCAGAGAAGAUUGAAAGAAUAAGUCGCUGCUUUUUUGUCACUGCUUUUUGUUUGAAGAGCCAACAUUCCUCUGCUUACAUAGAUCACACUGGGAGCAUAGAUCAGAUUCUGCCUUCCAUCAUUUGUAAUGUUUUAAUUCUUAGCAAACUAGCACAGCUUAAAACAGUUUGAAUUUUUCAACCGUGACAGAAUGAGUGGAUUCUGGGUUUUAUGUUUUGUUCUAAAUGUUUCAGUGGUGGUUUAUUGUGUUUUCUGUAACUAUGGUAACAGCUCAUCAUUGAGAUGUACACUGUUUAUGGACAAUAGUACUGGUAGUCUAAAUGUGCCAGAUAUCCAUUCAGUAAAAUGUGCAAAAUGCAAUCUUGUUUUGUAAGGAACAUUUUAUGGUUUUUAAAAUAAAUUAGGUGAAAUAAACAAGUGUACACUUUACUUGAAGAUACUUAAGUAACUCCUUUUGCUGACCAAAAGUUGACAGUGAGCAGAAAUUGACGAUGGUACUAUUAAAUUGUGGUAACUAAUGCAA